AUGAAACUCCUUCUCAUCAUCCUUCUGGUGGCGUACGCGUCAGCCGAUGUCUCCCACAUCGUGCCGCACAACGGUGAAGGAUCCGCAAAGAUCGUGAAGCAAGAACAGGAUAUUGGCCUGGAAGGCCAGUACCAAUGGGCGUACGAAACUGAAAACGGCAUCUCCGCCCGCGAACAAGGGACCCUGAACAACCCUCAGGCUGAGAACCCUGAACAAGUCGUUCAAGGCGAGGCGCGUUGGACAGCACCCAAUGGCGAAGUAGUCUCACUGCAAUACGUCGCUGACGGAAAUGGAUACCAGCCCCAGAGUUCUCACCAGCCUGUAGCGCCCCCAAUUCCCGAGGCCAUUCUCAAGGCUUUGGAAUACAUCAGGGCCCACCCUCCACCACCAGAAAAGAACUAA